AUCAACCAGCAGCUAGCAGGUGUUGUGGUCAUUCUGCUGUUCAGUCGCAACGGAAUUACCGCCACUCGAACCCCAUCUUCUCCUCCCGUCGUCUCCAAGAUUGCCGGAUCCUUCACUCGAUUCAUACCAUAUCAUCAUCGUUCGUUUGCCUCUGAAUAGCCUUGGGAUUGAUCCACUGGCUCCGACAUUCUCACCGACAUCCACAUCCGCCUUCGAUCACUACUAUGACUGAACUUGCCCCAGCCCCGACUCUGGGAGAGCCUCAGUCUCCCGUUCCUUUGGACACAAUCCCGAUCUCUCCGGCAGAUGGCACUGGCGCAUCAGACAAGGAGGAACAGGCAUCGUCCGACCAGCCCGUCACCGUGUUCCAUGAUCCCAACAACUUCAACGUUAAGCAUCCGUUGAUGAACACCUGGACUCUAUGGUUCACCAAGCCACCGAGCGGAAAGGGCGAUAACUGGAACGAGCUUCUCAAAGAGGUCAUCACUUUCGGUUCGGUGGAAGAGUUUUGGGGAAUCCACAACAAUAUCACCGCGGUCUCCGAGCUCUCUCUCAAGUCCGAUUACCAUAUGUUCAAAAAGGGCAUUCGACCGGAAUGGGAGGACCCCCAAAACAGGCAUGGCGGCAAAUGGGCGUUUCAAUUCAAGGACAAGAAGGCCAUCGACAUCGACGCGUUGUGGCUGCAUAUGAUGCUUGCUGCCAUCGGCGAAACCCUUGAGGAUGAAGGUGAUAACGAGGUCAUGGGCGUCGUUGUUAAUGUCCGCAAAGUUUUCUACCGGAUCGGUCUCUGGACUCGCACCGUCGGGAAGGCGACCACUAGCGGGGGAGAGAAUGGAUCGGGCGGGAAGACUCGAACCGCCGACCAGGGUAAGGAUGUGCUGCUGAAAAUCGGGCGACGGUUCAAGGGAGCAUUGGACUUGAAGGAUACCGACCAGGUCGAGUUCUCAGGCCACAUGGACAGCGCUCAUUCUGGCAGCACGCGAGCGAAGGCGAAGUUGGUGGUGUGAUUGGGUCGCAUCCCAGCGCACCAUGUACCGAGAACGGCCUUGAUUCUCACUUGUCGGACCGGCUCCUUUCGCAUGCAGUUGUUUUGAACCGACAUGCAUGGUGGGGCGGUCUUUGGGUCGUAUGGCCCUAGGGGAAAGGAAAAAACCUGGAGGUGAAAAAGUGGCCCUCCGAGGUUUUUAUUGCAGUCAUGAAUCGUUCUUUCGCAUGACCAAGGAAU